UUGCUGAAGUUCAAAUUAGGCAAUGGAUCUGGACACAGAGAAUCGUCUAGCUUCAUUACUCCUUGAAGAAGCACGGAGAUUACAGUCAGAGGCUGACAGGGAAGGUGUUCAUGCAUAUCUGCAAAAGCCCAAUGUUAGGCAUCGCCCAAACUCCCGGUUCCUCACAGCCACAGUUCGUGGAGUUCAACAAGGAAGUGUAAAUCUGUGCGCGAGCACAGAUGCUCGGCUUAUCUCGCACGUUGUUUCUCUCCUAGAUUCGUGAAGUUUCUGGUACUGUACCUUGUAUAAAGAUCGGUAUUUAUUUCCUCCUUCACUGUUGAUCUGGCCCACACUGGUCGCUGAGUUAUUGUGCUGGAUACCCACAGAUGUCUUCUGGCCCAGACGUCGUUUCACGGUGGGCCAUCUGCACCUUUCUCCACCAUUCUGAGCAGUCCCAUUAACCCAAUCCAUCCCAGAGACUUCCAUAAAAAAUAUCCCAGAAACAACUUCACUUCCACCAGCAACUUUCCCCUUCAAGAUUCUUCUCCUACCUAUAUGGCCAUACCAAGCACCCCCCCCCCCCCCCCCCCCCAACUCACUCCCUUCCUAAUCCUCGAUCGUCCUCCCUGCCGCCGCAGAUGUCAACUGCUGCCUCGUCCUCAGCUACCAACAAAAUCCUCCCGCUGAUUUCUUGCCGGGGCAAGGUCAUCAACUUCGUCUCACACCCGGAUCUACAAACUGGUCUGUGUGGUUUUUCAGAUGGCCUGAAGGCUACGUCGCCUAGCUCGAAUGCCAUCCUGUCGCCCAGCAAGAUCAAGCUCAGCAGCCUCCGAUUAAAGCAAACGUUACGAGCCGUGGCUCACCAGCAGUCUCCAACGGAAGUAACAAUGACUCGCACGCCCCAUGGACGUCUGCCGUUUUCCUGCCCCACAGAACAUGACACCAGCAUACGUAUGCCAAACAAAAGCACAUUUAAUACCGCUCAGUAUUUCCCAGCAAACCGUGUUGUGGAGGUUGAUGAAAUGUGGCGUGCCAGGGAGAAGGAACUUGAACUUGAGUCUAAGCUGAAAAGAAGAAAUAAAGAGCGUGGUGACUCUAGAGGGGAGAAACGCAAAGGUGACUCGAGAAAUAUGAGUUCCAGCUCAAAGAUUGAAGAAGGGACUGCUUAUAAUAGUUCUUACUCAGACCAGGAUGAUGGUCUAGGGGAUGAUGAAGUUGAAAAGUUUCUGCAUUCAAGGGUAAAGCGAGGAAGAGGUGCCGUUGGCUCUAGGAUGGAUGAACCUGGUCCAUACCUAAAGGAUUCAUCGCAUUGUCGAGACAAAGAACCUAGCCCGGAUAUACGUUUGGAAGAAAAAUGGGAACGCCGAGUGCAAGGUCCGGAGAGGCCACUGUUUUUGAGAUCCAAGUCUCUUGAUGAUUGUUGGCAUGGGGAAACAUUGGAUGAUAAUAAGCCAUCUAGCUCUUCUGAAGCACACAGGAAGAAGGAAAAUAAAAAGGAGAGGAGAUCGGAGAAAAAAGAGAGAAAAGACAAGAAGAAGGCCAAGCAUCGCCACCGCCACCACCAUCACAAAAGCCGAAGAAGGGAGUGAUGUGCCCCAUUACUGAACUACAAUUUGUACACAAGAAAGAAAGGGUUCUGUUACUGAAAGAUGCUGCUACAUGCUGCUAUUACUUGUUCGUUGGGAACCUGUGUUGUAACUAAAACUCCGCCAGCGCGCACAAGGGGAUGCGGUUGGCACUGUGCCCCGUGUUUAAACAUGUUAUGUGUUGCUCGAGUUGAACUUCCUUUGCCUAUAACAUGAUUGGCAUCUGAUGAGA